AUGGACUCCGCAGAAGCAGCCGUUGCUUACACAUCACCCCACCACGGGGCAGCCGAUGUCAACAGUGUUCAGGAGGAGAACGGAGGCGAAGUAGUCGUCCCCCAGCAACCGACGACAACACCUAGUGGCGCACCUAUGCCAACUACAACGGAUCCCGCCCUUAUUGAAGCAUGGGACAGAUGCUGGACAGUCAUCAAGGCCACACCAGGAGAGUUUGACGUUUGGGAGGAACUGAUGCGUUUGGCUGAUAGACAGGACGGAGGGUUCACGCCCGAUGCGCCUCCAGCCAACAUUGCCAAUGUCAGGAUCCUGUACGAUGCCUUUCUGGAACAGUUCCCGCUCUGCUUUGGAUACUGGAAGAAGUACUCUGAUCUGGAGUUUCUCGCCCGCGGUGCAGAAGGUGCCAUUGAGAUCUUUGAACGUGGUGUCAAGGGAAUCGCCAACUCGGUCGACCUGUGGGUCCAGUACUGCACGUUCAUCAUGGAGCACAAGGCCGACAACCGGGAAGAAAUUGAACAGACUAGAGCCAAAGAUCUGGGAACGCGACCUGUUCAUUCUCUGUCGAUCCUAAGGAAGGAACAGGACGGACUCGGCGUGACAAGGCAGUUUACGCUUUUCGAACGCGGAGCAAAAUGCGUCGGGCUGGACUUUAUGCCUCAUGUUUUCUGGGAAAAGUUCAUUUCGUUCUACGAGGAGAAGGAGGAGCACUCUAAGAUGUUCCAGCUUAUGGAGCGCGUCAUCAAGAUCCCAAUGCAUCAAUACGCGCGUUUCUACCAGCAAUAUGUGCAAUUGGCGUCGACCCGCCCAAUGAGCGAGAUUUUGUCAGAGGAGCAAUACAACACUUUCAAGGCCAAGGCGACAGCUAGAGGGGCUCAGGAUGAAUCUUCUGAGGAGAUGCCAGAGGAGCAAUUGGAGGCAGAGAUCCGUCGCUUGGUGAUCGAGGCGAGUGGCUUGAUCUAUGCUCGCACAGCUGAGGAGACUAACAAGAGGUGGCCCUUUGAGGCUGAGAUCAAGCGGCCAUACUUUCAUGUCAAGCCCAUGGACAUGCCACAACUGUCCAACUGGCGCCGAUAUCUCGACUUUGAGGAGACUGAGGGCGAUGUCGAACGCAUCCGCGUCCUUUACGAGCGCUGCCUUGUUACCUGUGCACUGUAUGAAGAGUUUUGGUUGAGAUAUGGAGCAUGGGCCAGAUCACUGGGCAAUGUUGACCUUUUACAGGAUAUUUACUCGAGGGCGGUUGUCAUGGUACCCUCCUCGAACCCCUCACUGGCCCUUACGCUCGCCAUGAUCGAGGAAGAGCGCGGAGACAAUGAGGCAGCCCGCCAGCAGUACCAGAAAACACUUGAGCGCUUGCCUGGACAUAUCGAGACGAUUGUUCGAUUUGCUAACUUUGAGAGACGCAUUUCACCGAGCGAUCUUUCGGCAUCCGAGUUGGUGUAUGCAUCUCAGCUGGGUCUGGACAAUAUCGAUAUGAUGACCCAGACCGCGAUUGUGACACUGUACGCCAAGUUUUUGUGGCAGGUGAGGAAGGAUGUCGAUGGAGCGCGUGCGAUCUUCAAGACUGGGGAAGGAAAGUUUGACAGCAGGUUUUACUUUUCCAACUACAUCAAGUUUGAGAUGGAUCAACCAGGCGAAGACUAUGAGAAGCGUGUGUCGGCAGUCUAUGAACAGGUGCGCUACUCGGGUCUUCCAGAGUCAGUAAGGAAUGAUUACGGCCAGAGCUACCUUGACUUUGUGAUGGAGUUUGGCACCUCUGCGGCAAGGUACAACCAGCUGGAGGCUGAUAUCAAAGCACCGUCGGUCUAUGUGGCUCAGUCGAGGAAGCGAGCUGCUGCUGCUGCUGAACAGGCCGAGGAGGAAGAGCGAGCCAAGAGGCAUAGACAGGAAGAAGCAGAGGUGAAGGAGGAGAAGAGGGAUGAUGUGGCUAUGGAUGGCCAAGUGCAGGCAUCAUCCGAAAGUGUGGAGAAGGACAGUGCAGUGGCACCUUCAGACGCAGGAUCGGAAAUGGUUGACCCUGCUCAUGCACAGUGGGCUGGUCCCGCAAGCGGCUACUCGUACCCACCCGCCACCGGAGUAAGUUUACCUUUUAGCACUUUUCUUUGCACUUGA